AUGGCGUGUGGAGUCCCUGAGUUCCAAAAGCUUCAACAACAACAACAACAUCAACAUCUGCAACAACAACAACAACCGAAGAACAAUGAUAAUAUCAACAAUUACAACCGGCUCGAAAAUGAUUUCAACCAUAGAUUUGAAAUUGGCUACUACGGUUACAGUCACAUUAAUAACAUUAAUAACGGCUUCAACAACAACAACAAUAAUAAUAAUAAUGAUGAAAACAUAAUCAACAACAUCAACAAUGACAAUGAUAAACACAUAAACAACAACAACAAUGUUGAAAACAUAAACAACAACAACAAAAUUGAUAACAACUAUACCAUCUACAAAAUUUUUGGCAACAACAUUAUUGACAGCAACACCAAUAAGAACAACAACAUCAUCAACAACAAAAUCAUCAUCAACAACAACAACAUUGUUGGCAACAACAACCACCACUUUAGUAACGUAGACGAAAAUGAGAGGAUAAAAGUUGAAAACGUAAUCAUAAUGACACAGGCGAGUUACGGUCGCAUGAAAUUAGGCCGAUGUGUAACCAAAGAUUAUGGAUAUCUGGGAUGCAGCGCUGACGUCAUCAGUGAUUUGGACGUUCUCUGCUCCGGAAGGUCAAAGUGCACAGUGCCUGUAUCUAAACUGAGAGAGGUCGUUCAACCGUGUCCACGUGAUCUGACGUCACAUCUCAUGGCUAUUUAUAGAUGUGUUCCAGCAUCAUCAUCAUCAUCGUCGUCAACACUUUUGACCAUUAAAUUUAGACCUGGAUUGAAAGCGAUAAUAAAUUUGUACAUAUUUGGAAGAGACACCAUCAAUAACAACAACAACAAAAACAACUACAAUAAUAAUAAUAAUAGCAAUAACAACAACAAUAAUAAUAAUAAUAGCAAUAAUAAAAAUAAGUACAACAUUAACACUAACAACAACGCCAGUAACUACGUUCAUAAUAUUAUUAAUAAAAAAAUGUUUAACAACAACAACAACAACAACAACAACAAUAAUAAUAAUAAUAACAACAACAACAAUAACAAUAAUAAUAAUAACAACAUCAAUAAUGUUCACAGCGACGACAUUUAUAAUGCUGAUAAUAUAUCGAUAGAAUCGCAUAUAAAUUCGUAUACAAUUUUAAACCAAUACCAUGAGGACGACGACGACGAUGAUGAAAAUGGUGGUGAUGAUAAUGACAGGAACAACAACAACAACAACAACAAUAAUAAUAAUAAUAAUAUCGUUAACCCCUACAACAACAAUAAAUUACGAGACGAAAUUCAAUGUAAUUUAAUCAUAGAAAUCUACGAUCAGAACAAAAACAUCAACAACAACAACAACAACAACAAUAUCAACAACAACAACAAAAAUAAUAAUAAUAUUUAUAACAAUGAUAAUAAUAUUUAUAAUAAUGAUAAUAAUGGUAAUAACAAUAAUAAUAACGAAAACAACAGAAUGAAAAAUAUCAACCCGUGCUUACUUGAUGGCCGAUUCUACAACAUCCACAACUCACACAACAACAUCAUUAUCGUCAACAUAACGCAGAGGUUAACUGCUUCAAUGCUACCAAAAAAUAACAUAAACAAACAAACCAAUACUACUACUACUAAUAAUAAAACCGUUAUUAAAACCAUUAACAACAACAAAACUGAAAAUGAUGGCACUAAUAACAGCAAUACCACUACUACUAAUAACAAUAAUAAUAACAACAACAACAACAUUAUUUUUAUUGACCAAAACAACAGUCACAGUAACACUACGCUCUUUAGCAUUAUCAACCACAAUAACAUUAGUUUUAUUAACAACAACAACAUUGAAAACCAAAACGUUAACAACAACAACAACAACAUCAACUACAUCCUCAACAACAACAACAUCAACUAUAAUAACAACGACAUUAACAACAACAACUACUACUACAACAACAACAUCAACAAAAACAACAUCAACAUCAACUACAAUAACAACGACAUUAACAACAACAACAACAUCAUCGACAACGACAACAUCAACAGCCACAAUUUCGCAUUCAAAGAACGACUUCUCCUCGAAAUUCUUGGUUAUUAA